AUGCAAGUAUUUGAAGAAUAUCCCUGGGGAAUGCCUCCUCCCGAGAUCUAUCCGUUUGACGAGGAGAUGGAGUGCUCGUACUUUCGGCGUAAGCCUCGCGUCGAUCCCAGAAGGUACACGUGGAUGCCGGCCGAUGACGAGUCCGUACGUUUGGAGAGGCCACGUUCCGUUUUGGAUCAUUGCAGUGUGGCGCCGUCGCCGAUACCACCUCCGCCUCCGCCAGUGACCAGGCCCAAGCAUGUCAGUUUUGCAAGAUCACAUACUCUCACAUCGUUUGAUGACGCAACAGCAACACUAGGUUCAUCACACAGCUACACCAACAAAAUGUCACGAAGUCAAGAAAGAUUGCUGCCACUUUUAGGUUUUAAAAGGUCAGGCGAAUUUCCACCAAUCACUCAGCAGCCAUCACCAAACGAAGCGUUCAUCAUUUCAGAAAAGUUUAAAAGGGGACCUGCGUCGAUGAAAACCCAAGCGACACAGACUGAAGUUUGUUUAGGACGGAAACCCUUGCCUCCGGGCCAACUUAAUUUGAGCCCAAGGACGAUACACAGGGUUAAAAUGGUAUCGCAAGGCGCACAAACUAACGGAAUGCUGGUAAACGGAAGAAAAUUGAUGAAGUCGUAUUCAGAAGCAGGAGGUAGAUUUUCCGCAAUCACUUUUGGCCCCGAAAUAAUCCCGAAUGACAUUAACCACGAACCCUUGCAACGAACACAGUCAGACGAACCUCCCCGAUCACCUUUCGUAUUAAAAUCACCCCCGCCCGAAUUAAAGUUGCCCGAUACUGAUUCAUCUUCUUCAUCUCAUUCAGAUCAUGAAACCGAGGAGUAUGAACAAUUUGAAUCUAAAAUUCCCAAAGAGAUUAUUAUAGAUUUCGAACCUCAAUUGCCUUUUUCACCCGCUGAAGUUAAGAAAAAGCGUCUGAUUAAAACUGUAUCGGACGGCGAAAUUCUUUUAGAUCAUCGAAGAUUUAGUAAGCUAGACGAAGAGGGGUCGUUCGAAAAACGCAUCACGUCCGCCAGUCACGAGCACAUCAUGGUCGAACAGGAAACUCGAAGUUUCACGCCGUACUUCCAAGAUUCGCCGAUUAAGAAUGAGGGGAUAUUUAAGAGCUUUGACGAAAACGCGUUUUCCUCAAUGUCUGGGUCGUUCGAUGACAACGGUUUCCGGCCGCAGGACUCACUCGAUGAGGAGUUUCACGAGAAUUUGAUUUACCGCGGGAGGUAUCUGAGAAGGAGUGGAUCGUCUACCAGCGAUGAUAUUUUAGAGCAGGAGAUGAGGAUGCGAAAAAGCGACAGUGUAUCUUUGGAAGAAGGCGUGGUUCCGUCAUUGUCCUUGAUGCUACAUAGGUGUUCGCCGUUUGCCUCUUCUGAUUCUUUGGCGAACGACGUUAGAGAUCAUUCGGAUGGAAUAUGGAAUGAAUCUCAAGCAACGGUAUUGCAGGUUGAUUCUGGUACGGAUAAUGGGACGGCACUCAGCAGCUCGGAAAUGGUUUCUCUAGCAACCCCAUCUCAUGUAUCAACGUCAUUACUUACACCUUCAUCUAGGAGAAAGCACCUGUUGCUCAUGCAACACCAACAACGGUCCUCAAUGGACACAGAAGCUUUAGAAGAGGAAUCUCCCGAACAAAUUCAAGGCUCACGAUCAGGCUCUGAACUCCCUAGCAUAUCAUUAAGUAAACCCGAAUCGAGCAGUCAACAGUAUUUGACACCGCGCACCGGUCCAUCACCAAGACGUCGGCGAACACCCGAACCUCCGGCCGAGUCCCCACAACCGGCUGUAGUUCCCGAUUUACUACUCGCUCGUACUGAUUCCGGAAAAACGAAUACAGACGUUUCAGAAAGCACCACAACCACUGACGACUAUAUCACUGCCAAUUCCGGAACGGACAGCUCAAAGAAAAACGGAUCUACAGUUGAUGUUAAAGAAAAACCCACGCACACCACCCAGGAAGGAAGCUCAUUUGAAAGCGUAUCCUCAAUGUACGGAUUGGGGAAGAACGAUCUCCUCGGCGACGACAUGGUUGUUCCUUCAUUUACGCCACUAGGAAUUCCCGAAGAAGCAAGCGACGUCGCCAGCUCCCCGGUCCGUAUCGCGCACCACGGCCGUUCGUCACCAUCCGGCAGCAGUUCGUCCUCGGGUAGCUACAGCAUCAACGGAUCGUGUCCCGACUUGCCUCCAAAACCGUCAGUGCCUUCAUCCAGACAUGUGCCCUCCAUAUCUGAAGACGAACGUAGCGCACACUAUUCUUCUUCCGGCUACUACGAAUCGCCACUGGAAGACGACCGAACCAGAAAGUCAACCAAAUCGGAACGACUAGACUGGACGGAAGACGAAAAGAAGCGGCGGAAGAAAACGUUUACUUUAGAUAUAGAUAAACAUAAGGACGCUGAAAUUACGACGAAGCAGAAAACGAUUCUAAAGCAAACCAAAAAAUCGGACGAAGUAGUUUCGCAUCCUAAAGACUUUCUUAAAACGAUCGAUAAACAGAAACGCACAAAAGUUCGGACGAGAAGUCCGCUACAAACUCAUCGUAAGAAUCAUCAGCAAAAGAAAUCUCCGUCGUCAGUACGAAGCACCGACCAAUUUACGAAAGACUUCGAAGGACAGGAGAAGAAGGUGCCCAUCACCUCGGACGAGUCGAGCAGCGGGGUGUGCGGCGAUCAGGCCAACCUGACGCAGGUGUCUCCGCGUAGAAGUAGGAAGUUUAAAGACAAUAACCGGAGGAAGUCCAUUCCGCGGUCUCCUAACGGCUCGAGGACCAGGCGAAAGAGCGAGAGCGCCGAGGAGCAGCCGUCGAGCUUGCCGAGCACCUUGUCGAGGCGGCGUUCGUCGAUGCAGGCGGGUUUGGCCGAAGGUUACAAUAAGAAUAGGUUAAGUCCCCGUAGCAUUAGUCCAAUUGAAUCGCCAAGUAAAAAAAAGCGUAGUCCUAAAACUAGUCCCGAAUCUGUUCGUUUAAAAGCGUUAAGUGCCGAAUCGCUUCGCUCAGUUAGUCCAGGGAGUGAUAGUGUUUUUUACAGUGAUCCUAGUAGUCAUAUGGCGCUUACAGAACACCACGUCCAUUGUCUUCAUUGCGGUAAAGAAGUGGACAUUGUGACAACUGAAGAUCCGGCAAAAAGAAGAGAUAGUGGCAGCUGCCAUCCGGCUGAUAUCGUUCAACCUCCGGCAAGUUUCGCGGAUUCGCCUCGCGUUAAGCAAGGGCGUCUGUUCAAGAAGUUCGAAAAGAGGUUUAGGUCCGAGGAGAGAUCGCAAGGCGAGAGGAAACACUAUAGAUAUCGGCAGGACGUCAGAGCAAAGUCGGAGGAACGUGCCGGAAAGGAGGAGGGCGAACGAGUAAAGCUUCGGCCGAUGGCUCGCUCGACGGAUAGCGGGGUAGAGGGACUUCGCGCGGCAGAUUCAAGUCCAAGUGUACUUCCAGCGGCACCUGAAGAUGAAGAUGAUUUAGGUGUUUACAAUGUGCCUUACGUUGAAGGUUAUUGGAUUUAUAUCGACGACCGUGAGGAGUUGCAGACUUGGAUUAAGCCAGAAACAGCAGGAGAGGAAGAUCUUCAAAGAAGAGAUUCAGUAUUGAGUGCGGGGAGUACAGAAUCCGAACAGGAGUUUAAGAAGAAGUAUCAGGCCGUAACACAUCGAAUGGUCCAUCGAAAGUCAUGCCUUGAAAUGUACAAGCGCCAAGCGUCAAAGUCGUUCGAAACGGACAAGACGGUAGUGGUGCAACGGCAAUCUGGCGAAUUCGGUUUUCGAAUACACGGCUCGAAACCGGUGGUGGUUUCCGCGAUUGAACCUGAUACUCCCGCCGAAAGCUCAGGAUUGGAAGUCGGAGAUAUCGUUCUGUCCGUAAAUCACAUUAGCGUAAUUGAUAAGAGCCAUUCCGAGGUGGUCAAGAUAGCGCAUGCGGGUAGUGACAUUCUGACUUUAGAAGUCGCACGCACUUGUGGAGUUUUGAGUCCGGCUCCUGGAGAAGUUCCUAUCGAAAUUCCGCUUUUUGCGGGAUACCUAUGGAAAUUGGGCGGGUAUAUCAAUGAAAGCUCGACGACCACAUGGGUGAGACGAUGGUUUGUGCUGAAAAAGGAUAACUGCUUGUACAUUUACAAAAACGAUAUCGAAAAGCAGCCCGUCGGCGCGCUGAUGUUGGCCAACUUUGACAUUUGCAAAGUGGACAAUUCGAGCUCCGGUGUUCCCGCUCGUCCAUUUCGGUUCGAUUUGAAAAGAUCCGGCUCGCCAACUUUACAUUUAGCCGCUGAAUCCGAUCAGGGCGUCGCGAAAUGGAUCGAGGUACUCUCCCACGCCGUCGAAAAAUCGCAGAUGACCGACUUGUGGUUGGAGCAGACUAGGAAGAAUCUUCAUCUGGCGUGUAAUGCGAUUCAAAAACCGGAUUGUUUUGGUUAUCUAGUCAAGUUGGGCAAUCAGUGGAAGUCUUGGAGUAAGAGGUAUUGCGUGCUAAAGGACGCGUGUCUGUACUUUUAUCAGGAUCUCACUUCAAAAAGUGCAUUUGGUGUCGCUUGCCUUCAUGGUUAUCGAGUGCAACAGACUACGGCGGGGGCUAAGAAGCAUGCCUUUGAGAUUAUUCCAUCUGAUCCUAGCCAGAAGCACUUCUACUUUUACACGGAAUCGGAUGGCGACAGAAAAAGAUGGGUGGCAGCGUUAGAAUAUUCAAUCGAUCGAUGGUUAAAGGUAUCCUAAGCUGUGACAGGCGAGAUCUCCUUGGAAAGGAACGGUUAAUUUGCAACUGGCAUCGAUUUAAUGAGUUGUGGAAGAGAGAAGAGCCCUAGCUUCGCUUUGUAUUUGUCAUUUCUCUUUUCGGAUACGUUUCUACAUUGGCCCUUGCUCUGGAAUAGAAUAAAAGGUGGUUUUGAUGUAUAGCAUUCAUAAUUAGACUACUAAAAUUCAGGUAAAUGUCUGAGUGUGCAUACCGAGAUAGUUAUUCACUACGUGAGACGCUGUGGUUUAUACAUAUUUAUAAGUUAGAUAGACAAAAUUUAAAAAAAGUAUUUCUAGAGAAAUAUUUAUAUAAAUGAAACUAAAAAUCACUAAAAAAAUGAUAUAAAAAUUUGUUGGCAAUUAAAAUAGACUUAUUUUUCAAUACGUUUAUUGAAUUUUAGGUAUAUUAUUAUUAUUG